AUGGCAACUAAACUAUUCCUGUCAAAAAAAAUGCCAGAGUUUUUGCCAUCACAGCAAUCGAAAACUCCAAUCAAAAAGAUUCCAGGAAACCAAUCAACGAUUAAUGAAUCGUUAGAUGGCAUUGAACAGAUGAAAAGGAAUGAAAUCAGAGCUAAAUUUGCCAGAGCGAUGAAGGAAUCGUUUCAGUGUGUGCGAAGUGAUAUUCGUGAUGAAUGGCACACUGAAAUUACAUCGAAAAAGUACGCCACAGGUGAUUUGCUUUUUGAAGGACGCUACAGCUCCAUUGUGACAGCCAGAUCCUAUCCAGCCUUUAACGGUUUCACAUAUGUGGAACCUCGGCCCUGCGUCAUCAAAACGAAACGUAUUGGUGCUAUUUUGGAUGACAUAUUGUAUGAUCUGUGGGAUAUAAGGGAGACUUUUCAACAGAGGAUUUCUCGACUCAUACGGCGAAUAGUUAUGGAAGUUUACAUUCUGAAUAGAGUUCGUCAUUCGAAUGUAAUGCACGCUCAUGCUACAGUAGUCACAGAGCAUUCGUGUUGUUUACAACUGGUUCUCCCUCGAUUGUACCAGUUAGAACAACUAAUUGAUAAAUACCGCCGUGAUAAGGAGGGAAAGCCGAUGAAUAUUCGCAUCAUUGCAAUGAUUGUCCGGCAACUUUGCAGAGCAUUAUCUUAUCUUCACGAUGCAAAUAUUAUUCAUAAUGAUAUUCAACCGGAAAACAUUUAUCUAACCCGUGGUGGUACUGUCAAACUGAGCAAUUUUAUCAAUUCACGGAUGAUUGUAAGCGAACGAUUGGCUGAAAGAUGCCGCACCCCUGAUGGUGUUCCUGAUUAUAUGUGUGCUGAAAAGCAGUAUAAUUUGAAACGUGUGACAACCGUAACAGAUUAUAAGAACUAUUCGACUUCAGCGGAUAUCUGGUCAUUGGGUGUGCUGAUACUUCAUAUGGUCAGCUAUUACCCCAAUGAGAAAUGGCAUCGUUUACCUCGCAUGUUCGCUCUCCAAAUGGAAGAAAAAAGAAUGCCGUUUCGAUGGAUGAUUAAUGAUAUGAUGCAACUUUGUGUACGAAUGACACAAAGCGGUGAUGGAAAUUUGAAGCAAUAUCUGAAUGAUACAAUGCUCAACUUGGAUCCAUCAGCACGUCCGACAGCUAAACAAAUUUUGGAAUCACAUCUGAUCAAAAAAUGGUGCAAUAAAAGCCUCGAACAGGAUAAAAAUUAUUUGGUGAAACGUUUCAUUUACGAAUUAGAUUGGCAAAAUCGUUCCAAACUUGAUGCUGAUGGUUACAAUUAUAAUUCAUGUGAAGCGAAAGAUAUUCCGGCUGAUUUUUACUGGGAUGAGACAUGGCGAAAACUUGAAAAGCAAUCAUUUGCUUAUCGGUUGUACGUUUAUGAUCGAGAUAAUUUACGAGUAGGAAGCGAUAUUGAACGAUGUUUCACUCAUGCUGAUAAUUCACUGUUCCAAACAUUAAUGCUUGCUGUUGAUGAUGAUCACCUUGAAAUGUUUGACGUGAUACCUAUUGAUCAAAAUAUUCGAAGUCUAUGUUUCUUGCUGAUGAGAGCUGCCAAACAACACCGAUAUAAUCUUGGUAAAUGUAAAGCCGAAGAGGUAAUAUUUGAUCUGCCACCGUCCUUGCAUUGCGACGUGCGUUCGGCAAAAAUCAUUGUUUAUUUUAAAGAUUAG